CCAUCCUACUCAGUCUGCUCUCCUCUUUCAGUCAGUCCGUCUGCCCUCUAGCGUAGUACUCUCCUUUCACUCACCGCUAUUCAUCGCCGUCAGGGAUAUAUUUACACAAACCCACGUAGGUAGACACAGUGCCGUCCUCGUGGACCGGAGAGUUUGGCUGACACAGCUGUAUAUGUGCUUUAACCUGGGAAGACGCGGAAAGUGUGACUCUAAGGCAGUGCUGCUGAAACUCAAGUUUCCUCCACUACUACAAUUUUUUGUCCCAAAGGGUACCACACGCAGCUGCAGAGGCUGCCGGCUCCAACUGUAGCUAACGCAAGUAGAUGACUGAGAAUCCUGCCUCCCAUGAUGGACAAGAAAAGUGCCAACGGCUUUCAGACCAAGGUCAGUGAGGGCGGUGUUCAGAGGAAGCAGCUACCCUACUCAGUGGAGACUCCCUACGGCUUCCACCUGGACCUUGACUUCCUCAAGUAUGUUGAUGAUAUUGAAAAAGGCAAUACCAUCAAAAGGGUCCACAUCCAGCGAAGGGUUAAGGGUCCACCUAAAUUCAGCACUCUACCUAGAAAUUUCAGCCUUCCUGGACAUGGAGCCAGGCCUGCUCCUAAAGAAAAGGACAGUUCCUGGUCAGGGACGUCCACCCUAGGACCCAAGCCUAAAUCACGGGUGACAGAGGUGCAACAAAUCUAUGACUUUAGAACAAGUGAAGGGGGGGCUUCCAGUCAGAGCAGCAGGGGGACAACCAGUCAAGGACCUGGUCAUGUUUCAGCUAAACCAAGAGAUGAAGUUGGUGCAGCGUCUCAAGGUGCCGAAGACAAAACUGUGGGGAUUCAGGGUCGGCCAAAUCUGCUCCGAGCGUCAAGCAUGCCUAUCACCCUACAGCAGCGUAAAGGUUCCGAUUCAAGCAGCCCUGACCGCACCAUAGGGACACCAGAAAAUGGCUCAACUGAGAAUAUGUUUCGUGCUUCACCAGACGUAACAGAGAGACGGUGCGUUCCCCAGGAUCGGGCAGGGCUUCACCAGCAGAUUACGGUGGCACUGAAGCGAGUCAGAGAGCUAGAAGAGCAGGUUAAAACCAUCCCAGAACUAAAGGCUCAGAUCUGCUCAUUGAGGGAGGAGAGGGAGCAGCUGCUACUUCAACUACAAGCCCACGCUCAAGCCCAGGUUUCCACGUCAGUAGGCACAAGUUACGAUGCAACAGGGAACAGUCAGCCAAAAGGACACAGACCUACAGUAGGGCUUAGCUUAGAUCUGACGACUCAAUCCACUGGAGGUUCAGAAGCUACAGAGCUUGUCCCCACAAAGUCGAUAACAGGGAAAGAGAAAGAAAGUGGGACAGAGAAAACUAAAUUGCUACCAAAAGAGAAGGAGAGUACCUCAGCACAAGGGGGAGUGAGCAGGUCAUCAGCACAAGAACUGGACAAACAAAAACCGCCAUCAGAAAAGUUGGACAAACAGAAAGAGACAUUAGAGAGUCCACUGGCGAAUGCAGGGAAAAAGUUAUUGCAGGACAUUGCAGGACAGGAAUUAACACCCCUUAGAGUGGCUAUGAAAGAAACAGAGACCGGUGCUGUUCAAGAUGUUGCUGCAGCAAAAGAAGGAAAAGCUGAGAACUCAGAUAGUACGGAGAAGCUGCAGGAGAAGUUAAUGUUACUGGAGGCUAAACUUUCUCAGGCUAGCCAAGAGCUGGAGAGAACUAAUACUCUUUUGAAAAAGCAAAUGGAGGAGAACAAGGCAAAAGAGGAGAGAAUACUACAGAUGAGCGAGGGAAUCAGAGUGGAGGUUUGUACCAUGGAAACUCAGGACCGGCCAAGAAGGGAGAGCAUUGACACAGGCACAGUAACAGAGAGAAUAGAUUUUACCAACCGAGAAACAGAGACAGAAUCACCUGGUACAGUAGAUCAGGGGACUGACACUGAUAGAAUCUGUGUUGAAGUGUGUGUACCCAAACCAAGGACAGCAAGUGUAGAUCAAGGAACAGGGACAAGUAAUGUUGACAGUCAAGACCACGUGGCAGAGAUGGAGGCAGAGAUAACAGCAGUAACUCCACCCAGACCCAGAGCCAACAGCAUGGAACGGGGAACAAUAACCGAGAGCAUCAUCACUCAGGAUCAGACGACCGAGACGCCUGUGGCUGAAAGGGUGAACCAAGUCACGGAAACAGAAGGAGACAUAGUGACAGACCACCCGCAUAGACCGAGGGCCAGCAGUGUCGACCGAGGGACAGAGACAGAAAGGGUGGAUACAGUGGACAGGGUGACGGAAACAGAGGUAGCACGGAGGACAGACCAGCAGACUGAGACAGAGACAGAUAGACGAGGGGACAACAACCCGACCAGAGAUGCAGAGGUAGGGACUCAAGUGAAUGAAAAUGCAAGCGGCCAAAGAGAAAAUGCAGCUACUGUGGUUAGCGAAAGUACUGAAGAUAAGGGACCAAAUGAAGUAGUUCAAAAAGAGAGUGAAAGUGUGGUUACGGAUGUUGUUACAGAGAGUUCAGUCACUGCUGUAGAAAGCACUGUUGUACAAAGUUUAGUUGUUUCACAUGUUGUAAGCCAGAAAGAAGAGUGUCCCAGUCCAGUUGAUGUAGCUGCAGAAGACAAGACUAAAAUAAGUCCUGCACAGGAAGACUCAGGCACAAAAGAAAUGAUACCCCCCAAGAGCGUGGAGACAGAAACCGCUGUAGCAAGACUCGAGACUAUAGAGAAGAGAGGAGCAGAAGGAAAGAUUGUGUGUGCAACAAUCAAAGAAACUGUGGUCACUGACACUGUUGUAAUAACAGCGGAGAAUACAGAGAAGGCAGCAGCUCCUGUAAGACCACAAAGAGGCCGGAAGUCCUCGGUGGAGCAGGCACAGCCGUCGCCUACUCAGCUUCAAGCAGCACCUGUGCGUCCUCGGAGGGGAUCCAGUGAAGCCCAGCAGCCCCAGGCCCAGGCAAAAACCCCGCCCCAGGGGCAGGUAGAUAGUGUGCCUCCCCCUGAAGCGCAGUCCACAGCACAACUCCCUGAACCACAGGUAGAACAACAGGCCCCAUCUGUGUCUCAGGUUGAGGACCACAGUCUGGUAAAGAAGCCUCCUGGGGAAACUAGUGAGAAAAAACCUCAGAGUCCAUCUCCAUCUCCACGCCCCAAUGAAGUCCAAAUCAGGCCGAAAUCAAUUCAAGCCCAAUCUCAGUCUCAAGCGUCAACAUCUCGACGGGACUCAAAAGAGAUGAAAACACCACAGAGGGGAUCCAGUGUAACACAUCCUCCUCGGCGUGGCUCAGGGGAAGCCCAGACACGUCCAACUCGCCAGGGGUCAACUGAUGCCCAGUCUCAAUCUCAGGGCUCUCGCAGAAGCUCCAGUGAGACUCAACCCCCGACUCACAAAGAUGCCGGUGAGACACAUUCACUGCGCAGAGGCUCCAGUGAGGCGGCUCAGCGUCGUGGUUCGAGUGAAGCUCAGGCUUCUCGCAGGGGCUCCAGCGAAUCCCCAACAUCGCCUGCAGCUUUGGGCCAAGUUGUAACUCGGUUAACAGGGCUUCUGGGGGAGCAGUGGGCACAGCUGGGAAGUAGCUCCGGAGCUCAGCAGACGGCCAGCCAGCAGGAGGGUCCCAGCACGCAGAAACAGGCGACAGGGAAAAGAGCAGAGGCGGGAAAGGGAACCUCAGCCAAGCCCGUGGGUAAAGUGGCCCCUGUAGCAACAACAGCGAAAGCGGCAGGGAAGCCUGGUCCUUCCAAAAUGAGCUCUAUUCAGAGUCAACUGGUCAGCUCCCUCAGCGUCCUCUCUGCCUUCUACUCCCCAGCUCAGAAGGCAGCUGCUGCCAGCAAACAGCAAGAACAAGGCCUCAAAUCAAUUAUGAAGAAAAACGGUGUUGCCGACAAGCAGGGGACCAAGGGAGCCAAGAAAAACCUGAAGUUUGUUGGGGUGAAUGGAGGCUACGAGACGACAUCCAGUGAAGAGUCCAGUGGAGACGAGAAGUCAAAGGUGGAGGCUGAGGAGGAGGAGGAGGAGGAGGAAGACAGCUCGGAACCGGAGGUGGAAAAGGAAAAGGAGAAGGAGCCAGGGGAGGGAGCAGAGACCCAAGAAAAAGAUGCAGAGGCCACAGCUGAAGAAGGAGCUGCUGCAGCUGAUGAGAAGCAGGUGGAAAGAGGUCUGAUGGAUCCAGAGAUCAGCCACGAGCUCCUGGAAGAGCAGGCGGAAGGGCAAAAAGUUGACCAGGGCUUUAUAGAUGCCUGUCUUUAUGUUAAGGAUCGCAUGGAAGAGGUUUCGUCCCCAGAUAAAGAAAUGCGCCAGGUUUUAGUGGUGCUCUACCAGGAGUGGUUCAAAGUCUCCAGCCAGAAAGACUCCCAGGCGGACACCGUCAGAUUAUACCUGCGCCAGGUGGGGCUGACCACACCCACUCUCCUGCCCUACGUCGUGAACUUGACGGAUGGCAACGGGAACAUGGCCCUCCACUACAGUGUGUCGCAUUCUAACUUCCCUGUUGUCAGGCUGCUGCUGGACACAGGUCUCUGUGAAACUGACAAUGUGAACAAGGCAGGCUACACUCCGGUGAUGCUGGCUGCACUGACGGCCGCCGAGAGCCCCGAUGAUCUGGAGGUGGCGCAACAGCUGUUGAAACUAGGGGAUGUCAACGCGCGCUCCAGACAGGCUGGCCAGACGGCGCUCAUGCUCGCGGUGAGCCACGGCCGCGUUGCCAUGGUGAAGCUGCUCUUGAUGUGCGGUGCGGAUGUGAAUGCCCAGGACCGCGAGGGAUCCACGGCCCUGAUGUGCGCCAGCGAGCACGGACACACGCACAUCACUCGUCUGCUGCUGGAGACGGGUUGCUGUGACGUCAGCCUCGUAGAUAAGAAUGGUCAGACUGCUCUGUCGGUGGCAGAGGGAGCCUCUCACCAAGACAUAGUUGACCUUCUGAAGGCCCACCUCGAGCCUUCUUCUACCAGCCUCCUCUAAGCCAGAGGCGCCUAAACCAUCACAGCAACCGACCUUUCCACUUCCACCACUUCCUGCCCAACGACACAAAAACCUGGAAUAAAUACAAUGGUCAGUCAUCACAGACGUGGAACAGUAAAAAUUAAAGACCUCUGAGACCAGAGAAGUUUCCCAAACACGUCUCUGCCAACAUGCCUUGCGGUGUUUGUGGAUAUGCUGCAUCGACCACUCAAGCGGACGGACAACAGAGGCUGCCUGAUACGUCCACGAUAAAACUUUGCCAUAGUAACGCGUGCGAUUGACAGGAUGUUAAGCAGGAGGCGAAUGCAAAAUAAGACGAGAGAUGGACAGAAUGACCAGAGGGAUACUCUGAACUGCUGCUUCUCACCAUCGACAAGUAACUCUUGAAGCAAAAUACUAAGCACAUGAUCUACCUUUCAAAUAUAUGAUAUUAAAUAUAACAUUAUUUCUAUUUUUCCCCCCUUUCUAUUUUAUGACAUUGACAUUGUUCUUUUCAUAUUUUGGACAUAAGCCAUUAUUGAGAACAUAAUAUAUAUGUAGAAUGUUAUUAUUCCGACAGAUUAUAAAAUCACCUACAAACACAGAAACUGUAUUUUCUACUGCACUUUUUGUUAAAAUUCUCUGUUAUAUUGGUGUCCAGAAGAAUGUACAUAUAUAUGUAUAUCUAUAAAUAUCUCCAGAAGUAUUAUUCAGAAUUUAAAUAAUAAUAGAAUAGGAUUUGUCAUACUUCAGUGGAUAUUUAACCUAAUCGUUUUGCCAUGGUAUUCUUGUUUUUCCACACAAGGGACGUGGGUAAUCGUCGUCUGUGAGGUGAAAGUUUUCCGUUGGCGCCCCAAAAGAAAUAUAUUUUAUAACUUCAACACGAACCACAUUGAAGAAAGACAAACGUCUUCUGGUGAGAAGAUUGUACCUGACAGAAAGUGCUGCAUGCUGAUACAGUUACUCCCCCUCUACUGGAUGUCUUGUAGUGCUGAAACGUCAGUAUGUUGUAAUACUGUCUGUCCUCUAUCUCCGUCCCCGAAGUUCGAAUAUAAUGAAUGCCUUGUUCGCCUGCUCGUUUCAAGUCAAACCAUGUAUGCAACUCCUACAAAAUGCACAAUGAAUGUCAGCCUGGCUGUGAAACAUUCCAAGAAAAAAAAAGAGAGAAAUAAUAAUAAUAAUAAUAAUAAUGUAGCAAGUUUAACUAUAACGGCAUGGAUCAUAGGACUAACAGACAGAGGCUGUCCGUGGAUGCUGGUAUGAGUCUGGAUGCUUUUGUUUAGUGUGACUGGAGACGCUCAAUCACUCGAUCCGGUCGCCCUGUCUGUAAAUUGCCUCCUUCGUCCUGUACCACUCAGCACGUUGAAUUCACACAAAUGAGGUGGGAGGAGUCGCAGUUUUAGAAGCAAUAUCAGUAAAAUACUACCUUGUCAACCCCAAACUAGGUAGGGUGAGUGACCGUGGUCUUGCCUUAAUCAGACGACUACCCUCCAAUCAUGGAGAUGAGGUGUGAUGAGCGUCGGCGUCUCAAGACGUUGACCGGAGACUAGGUAGGGUGAGUGACCUCGGUCUUGCCUUAAUCACACGACUGUCCUCCAGCCCGGAGAUAAGCACGGUGUUUCCCAGGGAGCGUCUUUAGUUUUCCUGUUCUGUAUCACAAACUUACGCCCGUAUUCCUAAUAUCAGUGUCGUGAAUCAAGUGUGGUCGUCCAACCAGAUGUUUACAGCUCAGCAUUUCCUCCUCUGUGACCAUUGCAUUGGAUUUCGAACAGUUCAGUAUGUUUACAGGGAAUAAAGUGAUCAGUAAUUUAAUUAAUAAGUAAUACAUAUAUUUAUAUAUUCAGUUUAGGGCCUCCUGAUUAUGGUGAAGUAAGAACUAAAGUAAAAAGAAAUAUAUAUCUAUAUAUAUAUAACUGAGACAAUUUAAAGAAAGGUGGAGUGUAACGGGGAAUACCACUCAAUUUAACAACUGCCAUAUCUGUGAUCGACAACGAUCCAGUCUGCAUUUAGAUAGAGUCAGAAAAUAGCUCACUUUGUAGUGACUCCAGACAGCUAAUCAAACUCUGGAAAUUUCUACAAACGUUUCUUACCGGCAAAUCUAAGAUCUCAGCUCUUGUCACAGUUACUUAUUAGUGAACCAGGAUUCCAAAUUUAAUGGAUCAUGAUAAAUUGCCGUGCGUUGUUUUUAAUCAUCUAAUUAUUAUUUUAUUUUAUAUUUUCUGCAGCGCGACCCUGCUCCAUUAUUCCCACGCACGUUCUAAAUAUGAGCACAGACGAUGAAAACUGAUCCUGAAUAUAAAUAUGGACGUAAAUAUUCCCAUUUUCCAACGGCGGCUCAAUAAUCCACUGCAGAAACUUUACCAAGUGGAUUUUGUGACGCUGCAUUUACACAGCAUCAACCUUGGAUUUGUACUCUGUGCAGCGCAUCUGAUCGCUGCUGAUUGUCCGUGUGUUAAAAGAGUAGCUUCCCACUUCGCAGACCGCCAGAGGAUGGUCAGAUCCGCGCUGUGAGAAUAUAUCCGGUGUAUCUGGUCUUCCGUGCCUGCUGCAUAUUAAAUCUUCAUGAAAAUCACAUCUGUAUGUUUUAAUCCGGUGUGACACAGAUGCAACGCGAUUUCAAAAUCUGUCUGAGGACCAAACAACUGAAAUCAAAGUCUGUUUCACAUGGGGUUAAUUUAUAUACAAUAUAUAUAUAUAUAUAUACAUACAUAUACACUUUAGCUGUUCCUGUAAAUCCAGCCAAAUAUGUGUAAAUACAAUAUUGUGAAAAGUAUAUAACAAGUAUUGUCUGACAGUUUGCUCUAAAAAAAAAAAUUAUAUUAAGUAUUUAUUCUAAAUGCUAUAUUUUUUACCAUAUAUAUAUUAUACUUACAGUAUGUAUGCAUGGACAAAUAUUCAAAUAAUACUGCUGGAGGGGGAUUUGGACAGAUUGAAUUCCCUGAUGAUGUGAUUAUUUGACUUAACUUUGACCGGUCGGGUGGUUGUAGUUAACGUGUGAUUCGACGAGGUUGUGGACUGUCAUGUGCCCUAUAAUGCUACUUUUCACUUUUGCGGGAGGGGGGUGGGGGGAGGUGAACUAUAUACAGCAGAUCUGACACUGGCUAAAUCGAUGUAGGGAAACCACGCCCUGAUUUUAAGUACACGCCUGAAAAUCACAGACUAUGGACAUGGACGGAGUCAAAUGUAAAAACCUGUACGUCUCUGUAAUGUUUCCCUCUACGGCAGGCUUGUAAUGUUACGAAACAGAGAACUACUUCUAAGUACAGAAAUAAAGAUUUAAACUUA